AUGGUCUUGCGUCAGUUCUCAACUAGUUCCUUGGAGGUAUUAUGCACAGAAGAGCGUCUGGACCUGCUAGACUCAGUUGAUACACUCCGUCUCCAGGGUAUCAGCCAUUACAUUUCCCUUCCACAGAUCAUUGUCUGUGCUGGAGGCGAUAUCAGGUCUUUCGUUCCUGGUCAAAAGCAACAUUUGCACACGCACUCCACAGAGCUUGUUCUGCGCAAGAGCCCCCACAUUGGAGUGAGGGUAUCUAUUGCUCCCCAUCGCUCUCGUAGCCAUGUUGAGCAGGACACACUCUCGCGCUUCCACGAUGAGCUCGCGGGUUUCGAAGGGCUCCCAAAACUGAUCGACGAUGCAAAAGCUGCGAUGGUCUCAGGCCCCGACCAUCCCCAUUUGACAAUCGUCGAUCUUCCCGGGCUGAUCCAGUCCAAAACGAAGCUGCAGUCGGCCGCUAAUAUCACUCAUGUUCAAGAUGCUGUUCAAUCAUACAUGAAGGGGCCAAGGAGUAUUAUUCUCGCUGUUGUAUCUGCUGAAAAUGAUUUUGCAAAUCAGAUUGUUCUCCGACUUGCCCGAAAAGCCAAUCGCUCUGGCCACCGAACACUUGGUGUCAUCACAAAGCCUGAUAUAUUGGAAGGAGGUUUCCGCCUCGGAUGGCAUGUCCUCAAGAAUAUGGACACGGAGAAGGGAACUUGGAGUCUUUGCGCUCGCAGAGAAGAGGAAGCCAAGUUCUUCGCCAAGGGUAUUUGGGGAGACUUGCCACCGUCCCAGGUCGAGCUACCCAGCUUAAUCGAUGAUAUCCAAUCUAAGAUGGAUCAAUCCGUGAAGGGGUUCGAGAAACUUGGAGAACCUCGCACUACCCUCAAGGAGCAGCGAUCAUAUCUUCUCCAUAUCAGCCAAUACUUUCAGACUCUCGUGAAAUCUGGCCUAGAUGGUAGUUACAAUAGCCCCUUCUUUGAGAGUGCCCAAUUAGAGAAUGGGUAUCAAAAGCGAAUACGUGCAGUCAUCCAGAAUCUAAAUGAAGAUUUCGCUCAGCAUAUAAUCGAAAACGGACAUGACCGUCAGAUAUGCAACGGCAUAGAGGUCAACAACACGUCUGAUGAACGGUUGCUUAUCACUCGCGAGGAAUACCUCGAGCAUUUUACGCUAUACGGCCUCAGACUUGUAUGA